AUGGCAUCUUUACCUAAGAGGAUCAUCAGAGAAACAGAAAGACUAAUAACUGAUCCUGUACCUGGAAUAACUGCCACUCCCCAUGAAGACAAUCUGCGUUAUUUUGAUGUUACAUUAACUGGCCCAUCAGGCUCACCAUAUGAAGAUGGCGUCUUCAAACUUGAACUUUAUUUGCCCGAUGAUUAUCCAAUGACUGCGCCUAAGGUUAGGUUUUUAACUAGAAUUUACCAUCCAAACAUCGAUCGUUUAGGAAGAAUCUGUUUGGAUGUCUUGAAAAACAAUUGGAGUCCUGCUUUACAAAUCCGUACUAUUCUUUUGUCAAUCCAGGCGUUGUUGAGUUCACCUAAUCCAGAUGAUCCCUUAGCAAAUGAGGUUGCCGAGCAGUGGAAGGGAAAUUACGAGGAGGCAAUAAAAACAGCUAAAGAGUGGACAAAAACUUAUGCGAAACCAGAAUAA